CCACUACAACAACAAAAGCUUCUUACCUCUUUCGAUAGUAUACAUCAUAUCAAUAAAGCAUGACUACCACCGAAAGUGGACCAUCGAAUGCUUCCGCCUCAUCGGCAACAGCGAAUGCAGAUCCUAAACUUCAACGUAGAUUAGCAGAUGUGAAGAAUAUAAUUCUUGUUUUAUCCGGGAAAGGUGGCGUAGGUAAAUCAUCUGUUUCUGCUCAAUUAGCACUAUCUCUAUCGAGCCCUUCACCUUCUCGACCUGUUCCAUCUAGGGUUGCCCUUUUGGAUGUUGAUCUUACAGGUCCAAGUAUUCCUCGUAUGCUCGGCCUAGAUGGCCAGUCUAUCCGACAAUCACAAGAUGGAUGGGUACCCGUUUAUGCUGAUGCUUCACAAUCUUUGGCAGUGAUGAGCGUUGGAUUCUUAUUAAAGAGUAAAAAUGAUUCAGUAGUUUGGAGAGGACCGAAAAAGAAUGCGAUGAUUCGACAAUUCUUAGGUGACGUUCGAUGGGGAUCUUUGGAUUACCUUAUCAUCGAUACACCUCCAGGUACAUCUGAUGAACACAUCUCUAUCAUGGAAUAUCUGCAUCCUUUCAAUCCGAAAGCAGUCUUGGUCACAACGCCUCAAGCAAUCUCUUUGGCAGACAAUUUACGUAGUUUAGACUUUUGCAAAAAGACUGGCUUACCUCUCAUUGGUUUGAUUGAGAAUAUGAGUGGAUACAUCUGUCCACAUUGCGCAGAAUGUACAAAUGUUUGGGGAAAAGGUGGUGGUGAAGCAUUGGCAAACAGGGAAGGUAUUCGAUUCUUGGGUAGGAUACCGAUCGAUCCAAAACUCGUUCGUGUAUUGGAUGAUGCCAAAGAAGAAGUAGCAAGAAAGGAUGGAGAAGUUAUCAAUAAUCUGGAGGGAGAUCUUCGCAUAAUGCAGUCAAGAGUCAACGUUCAAGAUAGUACGACUCCUAUUGGUACCUCACUAAGUCGUACAAUCUUAGAACGUUAUAAAGAUUCUGAUACGUUUCCAAUAUUCCAAAAGAUCACUGAGCAGGUAACAGAUGCAGUAUCUGCGAAUCAUUAAACAUUUUUACCACGACUUACUUGUAUACUAUCAUAUGAAUGCAUACUCUUUUUCAUCUUACGGAUCUCCAUUUCAAUCCGGGGGGUCUUUCAUUCUAGCCAACUUUGCAAUUCGAAAAGGUCAUCGAAUCCCAUCUGAUUGCUUCUCAUGCCUGCCCCUUUAUACUGAAUGAUGGCUGAGAGAUGCAUAUUUGAUUAUCAUGCUGUGAAGACACGUUUAUAUCAAUUCCUUACUUCUAAUGAUGUUCAU